GAAACUUCUGUGACAGAAAUUGAGGUGCUUGUGGCUGGGUGGUCAGAGAGAAUAUAUUGUUUGGUUGCCACAGCAGCGGUGUGACAAAUACAAAAAAAUGGCAAAGUGGCAACAUGUUGCUGCUGCGGUUAACUCCGUGAGCGCGACAGAUAGGAAGGUCUCUGAAAUAAAAAAGAAGUGGUCCGAUCUGAAGGUGGAGGCAAAAAAAAACACAACCAUCAGAACGUGUCUGCUACUGGCGGGGGGGAAACACCAGAGCUCACGCCACUAGAAACCCGAAUGGCCUCCAUACUCGGGGAAGCAAGUGUGUGGGGCAUUGUGUCGGAGAAGGAGGGAGACACAGACAUGACUGAGACCACAGAUGAACCAGUCCUCCCAGAGUCGGGAGCUGUUGGUGAUGACGAGGUUCCCGGCAAGGAGGUUCCCAGCGAGGAGGUUCCCGGCGAGGAGGUUCCCUGUGAGGAGGUUCCCGGCGAGGAGGUUCCCUGUGAGGAGGUUCCCAGUGAGGAGGUUCCCGACGAGGAGGUUCCCGGCGAGGAGGUUCCCUGUGAGGAGGUUCCUGGCGAGGAGGUUCCCGGUGAGGGGGCUGCAGCUGCAGAGCGUCCAACUGUCCCCAGCACCAGUGCAUCCUCUGCGCAUGGCACGCCUGGAAGUGGCCGCGUCCUGACCGACGCUGUCCUGCAGACAUAAAGGGACACAAUCAGCGCAAUCAGUGUAAUUGCUGACGAUCAUUGGGUCGUCCUCAGACAGGCUUUCCAGCGGAGCUUCCAGCUAUCUCGGUCCUCCAUACAUCUGGCUAGCUUGCCAGCACUCUCCACUCCUGCAUCUCUCCUCAGUACGUCCAUGUAUGUUGGUGUGGGACGUCCCCGUGAUCGAUGCCCGUGCAUUGGCUCCCACAGCACCAGCAUGCUUGCGUGGAGUUCUUGCUGUCUUUGGCAGUGACCGGCAAGUCUCAUUCUCCUGGCUGCCACUUUCUCAGUUAGCCUUGGUAGUCCCUCAUACAGAUGCUUGUUGGUAACAUGCUCGUUCUGGUUGAUAUUUAGUACCACAUGCAGCAUUCUGGUGCAGCACCCAUCCAGAGACUUCUGUAGGGUGGGCUUCAGGGUACAGCCUUCACAGACAUAUAGGAAAACAGACUCUACAGUCGCGUAGAAGAAGCUUAGCUUGAUGUGUCGGGGGAGGUUGGAGUUCCAUAAACAGGCCAUGCCAUUCAGGGCUCUCUAUGCAAGUGCCUUCCUCACCUGAAGGUCUUGCUCUGAUGAGUUGACCUAUGAGCCUGACAGGCUGAAAGAAAUAAGAGUCGUGCUGUCUGAAAUUGCAACAUCAUUAAAAGAUGUUAAAAAGUGAACCUUACUUGUUGUCUUUCUUACAAAUGGUGCAUGACAUCCUCACAGGUCCUUACUCCCUGUUAUCAUUGUAGCGAACUUCCUACACAUCUUGCUUGAAUGACUAGAAUUUCGGUACUUACCAAUAAGCCAGCCAUCACACACAGCGCCUGCCUGUAGUCUGUUCCCUACACUGCUAUGCAUCAGGAAAUGUGUUGUGCCAGGCCAUCGUCCUACCACAUCUGCUGGGGUCACAUAUCACUUGGACAUUAAUUGAAAGCACGUUCUUCUGAUUAACGUACACAUAGUCGUUGUCAUGUGGUUCCCUUAUAGAAAUAUGAGUGAAGCCAAUUGCGCCGACUACAUUUGGGAAAUCGGACAUUGCUGCAAAUUACCUUUUAAUAUUGUCCUGUUCUCCCACAGUGUAA